AUGGCCACCAUCUUAGCCAACUAUAAGAUUCCACAGGGUGACAAAACAUUCUUCCCUUCCUUGCAUGAGAUGGUUCCCAAGGAAACCUUUCAGUACACAGGAGUUGUCCGGUUACUUCACCACUUUCAUUGGACAUGGAUUGGCCUCAUUGCGGUGGAUGAUGACAACGAGGACAAGUUUCUGGAGUCAAUGAUAAAACCUUCUUGGGCAAAAGGUGAUGGCUUUAUCCAGGAGUUCUGGGAGCAGGCAUUUGACUGUUCCUUAAAAAUUUCUGAUGAGCAUGAGGAGAUCAAAAAAACAUGCACUGGAGAGGAAAAGCUGGAGAGCCUGUCCAGGACUUUGUUUGAAGUGAGCAUGACUGGCCAGAGCUACAAUGUCUACAAUGCCGUCCAUGUUGUGGCACGUGCUUUGCAUGCCAUUUACAGAUUAAGAGCCAAAUCCAGAACUCAGGUAGAAGGAGAGAAGCUGGAGUUCAGGAAUGUGCAGGCGUGGCAGAUCCACAGCUUUAUAAAGGGCAUCCAGUUCAAUAAUAGUGCUGGAGACACUGUCCAUUUUAAUGAAAAUGGAGAGUUUAUGGCGGGAUUUGAUGUUACCAACUGGGUAACUUUCUCAAACAACUCCUUUGCUAGAGUAAAGGUGGGAAGAUUUGAUCCCCAGGCUCCUCCAGCCAAAGGGUUAACUCUUUAUGAUGAUCAAAUUGUGUGGCACACAAACUUUAACCAGGUGGUGCCCCUUUCUGUGUGCAAUGACCAGUGCCAUCCUGGCUACAGCAAGAAGAAAAAGGAAGGAAAGAAAUUUUGCUGUUACGAUUGUGCUCCUUGUCCAGAAGGGAUGAUUUCACACCAGAAAGACAUGGAUUCCUGUGACCUGUGUCUAGAAGACAGUUACCCCAACAACGAUCAAAAUGAAUGCAUUCCAAAGCUAAUCAGCUACCUCUCUUACAAUGAACCAUUAGGAAUCACCCUAGCCAUCCUGGCUGUUUCUUUCUCUCUGAUCACAGCUUCGGUGCUUGGAAUCUUUAUAAAGUACCGCGACACCCCCAUAGUCAAAGCCAACAACCAGAACCUCUCCUACAUUCUCCUCCUCUGUCUCCUUCUUUGCUUCCUUUGCUCCUUGAUCUUCAUUGGGCAGCCUAGAAAAGUGACCUGCCUUCUCCGACAAACAGCUUUUGGCAUCAUCUUUGCUGUGGCCCUUUCCAGUGUGUUGGCCAAAACCAUCACUGUGGUUCUGGCAUUCAGGGCAACCAAACCGGGAUCAAGGGUGAGGAAAUGGAUAGGGAAAAGAGUGGCAAAUUUUAUUGUUCUUUUAUGCUCCUUUAUUCAAACAAUUAUCUGUAUCUUUUGGUUAAGUACAUGUCCUCCAUUUCCCGACAUGGACACACACACCCUGAAUGCAAAAGUCAUACUGGAAUGUAAUGAGGGCUCUGCUUUCAUGUUUUACUGUGUCCUGGGCUAUUUGGGUUUCCUGGCCACUGUCAGCUUCAUGGUGGCUUUCCCAGCCAGGAAGUUGCCUGACAGUUUCAAUGAAGCCAAGUUUCUCACCUUCAGCAUGUUGGUCUUUUGCAGUGUAUGGCUGUGCUUUGUCCCUACCUACCUAAGCACCAAGGGAAAGUACAUGGUAGCUGUGGAGAUCUUCUCCAUCUUGGCCUCCAGCGCUGGUUUACUGGGUUGCAUUUUUUUCCCAAAGUGCUACAUCAUUGUCCUGAGACCAACGAUGAACAACAGGGAGCAGAUAAUGAGAAAGAACUGA